CUCUCUCUCUCUCCCUCAGCCCGCUUUCCUGCUGCAUCACAACAUAGGGUAGCUAACCUAGCAGCAGCGCCCUGAACUCACUGUUUUUCAGCAGGACAGCUAGUUUUAUUCAACCGGACGUGGCUUAAAAAUAUCGUCGGUUUCUGUAGUUAUAAACCCGGCUAGCGUUAGCGAGUUAUUAGCGCUGUGUGCGCAGGCAGCGAGUGAAUAGUAGAGAGUCUGCGAGGGCUGCUGGUUCGUGUGUGUGUGUCUUUCAGUAGCGCCGUCCGAAUCGCUGGGAUAUGGCCAGGCCGGAGCAGGUCCUGCUUCUGGAACCUCAACACGAGCUCAAAUUCCGGGGUCCAUUUACAGAUGUGGUUACCACAACCCUAAAGCUUGCUAACCCCACAGACAGAAAUGUGUGCUUUAAAGUGAAGACGACUGCCCCACGCCGCUACUGUGUGCGGCCAAACAGUGGAGUGAUCGAUGCUGGAACCUCCAUUAAUGUAUCAGUGAUGCUACAGCCCUUUGAUUAUGACCCCAACGAGAAGAGCAAACACAAAUUCAUGGUGCAGUCUUUAAUCGCUCCACCUGACAUGACUGACAUGGAGGGAGUGUGGAAGGAGGCCAAGCCAGAGGAGCUGAUGGACUCUAAGCUGCGGUGUGUCUUUGACAUGCCAAUCGACAAUGAGAAAACGCAUGACAUAGACAGCAAUAAGAUGAUGUCCUCUAGUCUUUUGAAAUCCGAGUCAUCCACGUUGUCCAUGAAGUCGAUGGUGUCCAGUCUGGACGAUGGAGAGGUGAAGAGGAUUAUGGAGGAGUGUAAGAGACUUCAGAUGGAGGUGCAACGACUACGGGAAGAAAACAAACAGAUUCGGCAGGAAGAUGACGGUCUGCGAAUGAGGAAGAGUACAGUGAUGGCAGCUCAGCAUUCUUCAUCUUCAUCAGUUACAGUGAAGGAGGAAGGCUUGAGCAUCAGGGUGAUCGCUCUUAUUGUGCUCUUCUUUGUCAUUGGUGUCAUCGUUGGCAAAUUACUCUUGUAAAGGUUGAGAAGGGAGCGGCAACAGCAUGCAUUGUGGAUGAAACAUACAAACAAAACAAAAAACAGCGGAUGCAGAUUUUUUUUCUUUCUUCAAUUGGAAUGCCAUAUCAUUUUGGUAGUGUUUAAAAAGGUCAAAUUAACGGAAACCAUUUACAAGGAGAAACCAUUCAUUUCAUCUCAUGUGCAAAUAAACAUUCAAGGGGAGACGAAAGCUGAAUCAGUUCCUACAAAACUAUAACAAUAAUGGCAUUGUUCUGGCCUACAUCCAAAAUGAUUAAAGUAAAGAAAAGUCUAUUUAAGCUGUUCUAAUGAGUUUUAUAACACCAGAUACCCUAGAUGUACAACAAAUGUUUAACUGCAUUUGGGGGAAUGUUGAUUAUUUUAUCCCUUUUUUUAUUGAGGGCUACAAAUGCAAGCUCCUUAUUAUCUGUAGAAACACUAAAGCUCUAUAAAGUGUUAUGUAUGCAUCCGUCCGUCCUUGAACACAGACCUCCUUUAUGAAGUAAUUUAAGAUUUAAAAUGUCAGCGAGGAGCCUGGGAGUGAGGGAGUGCAGGGCUAUUGUUACUAAAUGAUUAAAAAAAAACUAAAUCAAGAUGAAGAAAUCAAUGCUCCCGGUGUUGAGCUUUGCACAGACCGAAUUCUCUGUUGUUACGAUCAAGGUAGUAUUACAUGUAAUAUUUCUUUUUUUUUGCUUUUGUUUUUUUGGCUUAUCUUAUUUAAAUUUUUUGGGUGGGGGGCGGGGGUUGAUAAGAUGAUUAGAUGAUUGAUCGCAUGUCUCCAACACAAGCAAAGAAGUGUUUUAUUUGAAUAAUUUGAGCUGCUUUUGUAACUCUACAAUUAUGCCUCACACAGCCCUUCAGCACUGCUCGCUCGGUUCAUUCAUUUAUGCUACAUGUGAAUUUAAAUGUGAUAUUUAUGUUUUUAUUUGUUUUAGCUAUAUAUAAUAUAAUAUAAUAUGAUAUAAUAAAAUAAUGCAGCUACCCUGCUUCGCCAUCAGAGCACAACUGACCAUGCUUUCUCUGGGUGGGUAGAUGGCAGAUCUCUCCCUUCAUCAUACGCGUUGUGACGCUGGCUGAUACAGGCAUCUGUUGGCUGAUGUAUCAGAGCUGUGGAUCCAGCGCUUUCCCCUGAGAGAGUGUUGGCUGACUGGUGAUGCUGCUGUUGUGUUUAUUAGUGGCAGUUUGAAAGGCAAGAGGUAUUGGUUCAUUUCACAUGCAUCUGAUGAGGAGGCAUGUUGCUGUAUUUAUCCUAAUAAUGUUGGGUUGGGAGCAUUUCAAAAGAUGGAGGGAGUCUUAGGUCGCGUUCACAUUACAAGCCAUGUUGCUCAAAUCAGAUCUGUCCCUGAAACGCUGUCUCACUUAUAUACAUAAAUACCUGUAUAAACGUUUUCUUCUUCACCAACGACAAAAAAAAAACUCAUAUUUGAGAGACGACUCGUAGCUUUAUAAAGGGAAAUGGAUGCUUUAGCAGCUCAUAUGUGGAGAAACAGCAAACAGCUGGUCUGAAAUUCAUGCUCAGGUUGAGGAGGUGAAAAAGAAAAAAAACAAAUAGCCAGGCGGUUUGCUUUUGCUGUUUUUUUUUGCAGCUACAGCUGCACAGCUGCAACAAGAAGCAUGUAGCGCUAAUGCGUAAAAGCAAAUAGAUGCAUGAAUUCUGAUUUGACCGUUCACAUUCAUGUCGCAUGUUCAUGAAUCGAAUAUGUUUCCAGUUUAGGACCACAUAUGAAAGUGGCUCAGAUCUGAUUUAAACAAAAUAAAUAAAUUAGCGCGUUCACACAGCCAUGGAAAAAAAAUCAGAUCUGAGCCACAUUGAGCGAAAAAAAAAAAAAAAAUCAGAUUUGAGUCACUUUAGCUUGGUAAUGUGAACAUAGCCUAAACGAGUGGGUGGGUUAAUUGGCUCAGAUAAAUUAGGGAUAAAUUUGCAUACAGUUAUUACAAAUUAUAAAACUAUCAUUAAGCCUGAGAUCUGUCAGAAUAAUGCUUUAGGUUACUGUAACUCUCAGUAACGGCAAAUUUUAAAACUUUAGUUGAGGACCUCUUGCCUUGUGAUGCUCUUUUCAGAAAACACACCCGAUCCACAGCUGACACUAUCCCAUUAAUCUCUCUUCCGAUCUCUUGUGCAAUACUGCUGGCUAAUCAAAUUUGUUGCAGUUUUGUGCCACAGCAUUAAAAAACACUCUCAGCUCCCUAAUGGCCUGUCCCAUGCACUGCUCACGCUCAUGCUCAUGUGUUGUCAAGCCAUGCCAUCUUGGUUCUGAUUUCAGAUACAAAUGCAUGGCUCAGAUUGCCUUGUGAGUUCUUUGUGUUGUAUGUUCUUACACUGGUUGAUCCUGCUGCGUUAGGCUGUAAAGACCUAACUACCCUCUACCAUUUUACUCACCCCAUUCUUUCUUUCUUUUUUUCUUUCUUCCAUGCCCUCUGUUUUGUUUUGAUGAUUUUUUUGAACUAAGUUAUAAAUAAAGAUUUUAUUGCACAGCACUGUUUCUAUGAACGAAAUGCACUGCAUCUGAAGAAACGUUUCCUCAGUAUCUUCCCACGAAUCCACUUCGUUCUUUCAUCCUUUUCACAGUAUUUGAGACAUAAAUGAUAACAUCUAACAAAAAAAUAAGUAAGAGAACUGUACUGUAAGGGACCAUUUUGUGACCUGAUGUUUUUGUCUCAUGGUUUUUCUGUGUGUGGAGGGAUGUCCUGUUCAUCUUUUUUAUCCCCUGAAGGCGAUACUUUCAGUAUGCCAUCUCAUUUCUACUACAACCGAUUACUAAGAACAGAGAAGCUUAAAACUUUAACCAUUUGUUUUGCGAGAUUAAGGUUCAGGGAGUAGUCGUAGAGUAAGUCGUACUUAUGAGUUUAUGAACUGCGGUUUGCUGUAGAGCUGUGGCAUAGGAUGGAUGGCUUUGGAGGCUGAUGCACCAGUGAACUGGCUGAUGAAAACUCUGAAAAGGAAAAAUGGAAAAAAAAAACAAAACAAAAAAAUGUCCUUGUGCCCCAAACCUUCACUAUGAUGAUGAUAUAAAGCAGAAGGUGAACAUUUUGUAUGUAUAUAAAUAGUUAAGUCUAUCUAAGAUGAAUAAGAUAUUCCUAGUCAAGUAGUCUAUUAUGGUGUAAAAAGAAACUCCCAACUUUGUUGGACUAUGUAGCAUCUUAAUAAAUUCAAUCAAUAAAGCCCCAGACAUAA